GGAGGAAGAUGGCGGGAGGGCGGCUCUGAGGAGACCUCGGCGGCGGCGGAGGAGGGGAGAAGCGCAGCGCCGCGCCGGGGCCCAUGUGGGGAGGAGUCGGAGUCGCUGUUGCCGCCGCCGCCGCCGCCGCCAGUAGCUGCUGGACCCGAGUGGGAGUAAGGGGGAAACGGCAGGAUGAAGUUCGCCGAGCACCUCUCCGCGCACAUCACUCCCGAGUGGAGGAAGCAAUACAUCCAGUAUGAGGCUUUCAAGGAUAUGCUGUAUUCAGCUCAGGACCAGGCACCUUCUGUGGAAGUUACAGAUGAGGACACGGUAAAGAGGUAUUUUGCCAAGUUUGAAGAAAAAUUUUUCCAAACAUGUGAAAAGGAACUUGCCAAAAUCAACACAUUUUAUUCAGAGAAGCUUGCAGAAGCUCAGCGCAGGUUUGCUACACUUCAGAAUGAGCUUCAGUCAUCACUGGAUGUGCAGAAAGAAACCACAGGUGUUACCACACUACGACAACGCAGAAAGCCAGUCUUCCACCUGUCCCAUGAGGAACGUGUCCAACACAGGAACAUUAAAGACCUUAAACUGGCCUUCAGUGAGUUCUACCUCAGUCUUAUCCUGCUGCAGAACUAUCAGAAUCUGAAUUUUACAGGGUUUCGAAAAAUUCUUAAAAAGCAUGACAAGAUACUAGAAACAUCUCGUGGAGCAGAUUGGCGAGUUGCUCAUGUAGAGGUGGCCCCAUUUUAUACAUGCAAGAAAAUCAACCAGCUCAUCUCUGAAACUGAGGCUGUAGUGACCAAUGAACUUGAAGAUGGUGACAGACAAAAGGCAAUGAAACGGUUGCGUGUCCCCCCUUUGGGAGCUGCUCAGCCUGCACCAGCAUGGACUACUUUUAGAGUUGGCCUAUUUUGUGGAAUAUUCAUUGUAUUGAACGUUACCCUUGUGCUUGCUGCUGUAUUUAAACUUGAAACAACAGAUAGAAGUGUGUGGCCACUGAUAAGAAUCUAUCGGGGUAGCUUUCUUCUGAUUGAAUUUCUUUUUCUACUGGGCAUCAACACGUAUGGUUGGCGACAAGCUGGAGUAAAUCAUGUGCUCAUCUUUGAACUUAAUCCAAGAAGCAAUUUGUCCCAUCAGCAUCUCUUUGAGAUUGCUGGAUUCCUUGGAAUACUUUGGUGCCUGAGCCUUCUGGCAUGCUUCUUUGCUCCAAUUAGUGUCAUCCCCACAUAUGUAUAUCCACUUGUCCUAUACGGAUUUAUGAUUUUCUUUCUUAUCAACCCCACCAAAACUUUCUAUUAUAAAUCCCGGUUUUGGCUGCUUAAACUGCUGUUUCGAGUAUUUACAGCCCCUUUCCAUAAGGUAGGCUUUGCUGAUUUCUGGCUGGCUGAUCAGCUGAACAGCCUGUCAGUGAUACUGAUGGACCUGGAAUAUAUGAUUUGCUUCUACAGUUUUGAGCUCAAAUGGGAUGAAAGUGGGGGCCUGUUGCCAAAUAAUUCAGAAGAACGAAAUCACUCAGACACCAUGGUAUUCUUUUACCUGUGGAUUGUCUUUUGCAUCAUCAGUUCCUGCUAUACCCUCAUCUGGGAUCUGAAAAUGGACUGGGGUCUCUUUGAUAAGAAUGCUGGAGAAAACACCUUCCUCCGAGAAGAGAUUGUCUACCCGCAAAAAGCCUACUACUACUGUGCCAUCAUCGAGGAUGUGAUACUGCGCUUUGCUUGGACUAUCCAGAUCUCAGUUACCUCCACAACUGUGUUGCCUCAUUCUGGGGAAAUCAUUGCUACUGUCUUAGCUCCCCUUGAGGUUUUCCGGCGAUUUGUGUGGAACUUCUUCCGCCUGGAGAAUGAACAUCUGAAUAACUGUGGUGAAUUCCGUGCUGUGCGGGACAUCUCUGUGGCCCCCCUGAAUGCAGAUGAUCAGACACUCCUAGAACAGAUGAUGGACCAGGAUGAUGGGGUACGAAACCGCCAGAAGAACCGGGCAUGGAAGUAUAGCCAGAGCAUAUCCCUGCGUCGGCCUCGCCUUGCUUCUCAAUCCAAGGCUCGUGACACUAAAGUAUUGAUAGAAGACACAGAUGAUGAAGCUAACACUUGAAUGCUCAGAAGUCUAGAUUAACAUCCUUGGUUUUCCUUCUCUUCAAUUCUUUCCUCGACCAACGCGACCUCUAGUACCUGUCCAGCUGAAACAGAAGACACAUGACACAUUUUCCGAGCUCUUCCAGAUCGGAUCCUAUGGACUCCAAACAAGCUCACUGUGUUUCCUUUCUUUUCUUCUGGUUUAAUUUUAAUUUUCUAUUUUUAAAACAAAUAUUUACUUCAUUUUGCCAAUCAGAGGACAUUCUAAGGAAUAAAAACAUAGUUUCCUAUGGAUUGUUUACAAUCACAAGGACACAGAUACCUAUCAGGACGAAGAACUGGACACAAGGACCUUCUGAUGGGACGGUACCGAGAUAUCUCGGCUUCCGCUUGGCCCGGUUUUGACUGGUUGAAACCGGACAUUGGUUUUUAAAUUUUUUUUGUCAGUUUAUGUGGAGAAUUUUUUCCUUUCCUUCAUACCCAGCGCAAAGGCACUGGCCGCACUUGCAGGGAAAGUGCAACUUAGAGCAGUACCUUCAUUCACGAAGCUACUUUUUAAUUUGAUGUAACUUUUCUUAUUUUAGGGAGGGUUGCUGGGUGGGUGGGAAAUACGAUGUAUUUGUUACAUAUAGUUUUUUCAUUAUUUAUGAAACUUAACCAUAAGAGGAUGAUAUAACUCCUGUGCAAUGAAGGUGAUGAUAGUGAAAGAAGAUGGGAAACUAAUGUUGAACGGCACUUGCGAGGGUUCAGUCCCACAAUACCUCUUUCGUGAGACAACUUGCACCAGCUUGGCUUUUUCAUUUCUUUUUAAUUUAAAACCAAAGUUUGUAUUACUGAUUUGUUUUAGUUGCUGCUGCUGUAGAAUCCUCAGUACUUCUCUCUAACACACUUUCACACAGGUGGUUCAAAUUUACAUAAAAAGUUCUGAUGCUUUUUUUUUAAGGAACAGAUGUGGAAUACAUUUGCCCAUAUCCAUUCAUAACAAUUGAGUUAUGCCUUAUUCUGUCAGCGUGUAGGGUAAUUGUAGUGAAACCUUUACUAACUCUGAAUUAGAAUACAAAGCUAUUUCAGAGUCUCCACCCUCAUUUUUCUUCUGGGCUCCCUUAGUUGAACCACAGUUUGAUCAAAUUAGAAGUCUGUUAUGCAGAAACCUUAUUUUUGAGCAUGUAGAACAAAUCCUUCCUACUCCAUAGUACAUUGAUGAAACAGAGUUUGGCAACCAUUGCUCCCAGCAUUUUUAAGGGAUGAACAUUAGAUUUCAUGCUCUUCCACAGUAGAAAAUCUGCUUUGCAAUUUUGGGGGUCUAAACUUGGUAAUGGAUAAAAAAAGUGUAUUUCUUGGAAAUUUUAGACUAUCAUAAUCUGUACACAAGCAUAUUUCCACUGCUUUGUCUUGUUUUUUCACUUUGUUCCAGAGUCAUCCAAGUAAGUCCUGAAUCAUAAGGGAUUUUGCUUUCUUGAAUAUGGUUGGCAUUAAAUUUAGUGUUUCAUUAUCUAACAAAAUUAAUAUAAAUACCAGGGAAAAUAGUGUUUCUUAAUUACCUUCCUAGAUCCAGAUGAAGAUUUCA